CCACCCCUUGUUGAAGACUCAUAUCAAAAAUACGUAAUAUUCUCAAAAACAAAAAGCUAUUGAGAUCUAAGGUACGAUUCACCUUCCUCAUCUAGUCUCUUUAAAUUUGUGUUGGACUCUUCGUCAAUACAACUAGGGUUUUCUAUGGAAAGGUUUAGCCUUUAUGCUGUGAUGUGCACUGCUUAUUUUCUCUGAAAACUUGGUUUGAAGUAUGUGUUAGUUCCACCAAUUUUGUUUUUUUUUUGACGAUGCCAAUGUUGUAUAUUGCAUACGAAAGACUGUUUUUUAUUUCUUUCUAUUUGAUUAAAGAAAUAGGGAGCGUAUUGAGCUAAAAUGGGUGUAACACAAUUUAGAAGUAGUCAAUUUGCAGUGAGAGCUUAUCAUCCCAGCAGAAUCAAGCAAAAUUCCAUGAGGAGCCAAAUCAAUUGUUUGGGAGCUUCAAGUUCGAGUAUGUUCUCACAUGGUUCCUUGUCCAUGGCCGGAACGUCUAGAAAUAUGCAGAGUCACAGAGCGAACACGUUUGAUUUCUUAUGUGGUACAGACAAUACAGAUUACUAUUCCCUUCUUGGAGUUUCAGAACAUUCUACCCUAUCUGAGCUUAAAAAAGCUUACUGGAGACUGGCUAAGACAUACCAUCCAGAUGUGAACAAGGAUCCUGAUGCAGCAGAUAAAUUCAUAGAAAUAAAUAAUGCAUAUGAGGUGUUGUUAGAUGAAAUGAAAGCCUAUGAUGCACCGGGACGGAUACGGGGAUUGAAAGCUGUUGAUGAUAUUUGUGAGGAAGAAGUAAUAAUACCCAUCAAGAGGACUUGUUACGAUUUGUAUUCUCUAAAGACUCUUAUGGCCAAAUGCACCACUUGCGGCGGGCAAGGUCAUGUGUACACAUCAGUGAAAACUCCUCUUGGUAUGAAGCAAGAAGCCCUGACUUGCUCCUCCUGUAAUGGCACUGGCCAUGUCUUUGAUCUUCGAACAUCUGACAUCUCUUAAGGCUUUAUUAAGCUCUUCUGUUUUUUAAAUUAACUAUUUAGUGACUAAUGCAUAAGUAUUUAUUUGA